AUGAAAGAGAAAAGGGAUUUUGAUUCUACCCAUGAAUAUCAUGUGAAUACAUCAAAGGGAUUACUUACUGAAACGCAUGAAGGCUUUGAUUUAUUGCCACAUCGACCGCGACAAUCAUUUUACGCGGACAUUAAAUGGGUGAAGGUUCAACCAACAUAUUUGCGAAAUAAGAUUCCAAUUAACUUGGAUCGUUGA